AUGUGUGAUGUGAUUUUUAAAGUUGGAGCAGAACAAAGUAUUGUUAAAGUGCAUAAGUACAUGUUGGCUAGUAGAAGUCCAGUAUUCUAUAAUAUGUUUGAAGGUGCAUGUCCGGAAAAGGGAGAAGUCGUCAUACCAGAUGUAAAUUUGGGAACAUUUAAAGUCUUGCUAAAGUAUAUUUAUUCAGAUGUACUGGAUCUUUCACUUGACAACAUUCAAGAAGUACUUUACGUGGCAGAAAAGUACAUGAUAUCUGCAAUGAAGAAUACAUGUAUAGCUCUGCUUUCGUCAUCUGUUGAAACAUCUAAUGCUCCUCUAGUAUUUGACGUUGCGUCCAAUUUUCAUCUUGAUGAUCUCAAAACCAAGAGCCUAUAUCAUAUUCAGUACAAGGCAGCUGAGUGUCUUAAAGCGCAAAAUGCUAUUAAAAUGUCAAGAGAAUGCAUAGGAGAAAUACUCAAAUUAGAUUCUGUAAAUUGUUCCGAAACAGAUAUUUGCCAAUUUCUUAUAAAGUGGGCAGGCAAUCAGUGUGAGGCAGAGCAGAAUACACCGUCUGGUGAGAACAUGAGGAAAAUAACAGGUUCACUGCUUUAUCUUGUCCGAUUUCCUCUUAUUGAUAAAACAUAUUUUGCAAACGAGAUUGUUCAUUCUGGGUUUCUGACUUUAGAAGAGAUAGUUAGUGUAUUUUCUUCCCAUUAUGGUCAGAAAAAUGAAUUUUUCGCAGAGUCAGUCCGCAAUGUUUGUUACCAGAAAAGUUACAGGGUUUUGCGUCAUAGUAGUGUAUCAAGUCCAUGGAUGUUAUAUUACAAUAAUCAAAAGCAUGACGCUUUGAAAGUAACAGUGAAUAAAAACAUCGAGCUUAAGUCUGUUAUAUUAUAUGGUCCAGUGGGAAACGUAUCUACCAAUGACAGAGAAAUUGUUAUAAAAAUUUUAAAUGAUAGUGAAAAUAAAUUAUGUAGUCAAAAAUAUGAGAGUUGCAUUCAGAAGUGUGAUCUACAGACUGUUCUUUUGUCAGAGCCUAUUCCAUUUAAUUCGAAUGAAUGUUUCACUAUUAUGGUAAAUAGUGUAAAGUUUUCAGCAUAUUAUGGGACCAAUUGCAAGCCAGAGUGCAAAAUAGAUGAUAUAGUUGUAACAUAUCAACAAACGCCAAAAUGUAACACUUCUACAAGUGUAGUACAAGGUCAAAUUGCAGGAAUAGAAUUUAAUGCAUAA